AUGUGGCAUGGCAACCAAAUAAUCACUAUCAAAGAAGUCAAAAACUCCAAAUCUACCAUCCCGCCGUCUGGCAAUUCCGGAAACGUCGCAUUGCUGAUGAAUCCCGCCGAUGGAGGAAAUUCCUUCGAAAGAAAGCAGAUCCCGCCGAUGAGCCGACGUGAAUCCACACUCACUCUGAGUGCGUCCCUAGAGGACUUCGGAGAAUUCCACCACGUCCAGCAUCACUUCGGAUGUCUCAAACGGAUCAAAGCGACCAAGUCGCCCGAUUCAAGAGAGUUGAGGACUCAAUCAAGAGCCAAGCCAAGCGACUAG